UGUUUCCUCUCUCUCUCUCUCCUCUCUGCACCAUUAAAACAGGAAGCUGAGUGAGCGGCAGCUGCUGAACACUACACACAGACAGCUCUGAGAUCUCAACAUAAUUGCUGGCUGGCUGAUUAUUGUUAUCAUAAAUUAAAAGUUGCUUGCAUUGGGGAGGCAGAGUGUUUUGCCUAUGAGGCAUGGAUCAGUGCUGGUACCAUGGGACCAUCACACGUUCAAGAGCUGAAGACCUCCUCUCUAAAGUGGGAAAGGAUGGGAGCUUCCUUGUGCGGGCCAGUGAGUCCAUCUCUUCAGCAUAUGCCCUCUGCUUGCUGCAUCGGAACUGUGUUUAUACUUACAGGAUUCUUCCGAAUAAAGAAGAUAAGCUGGUCAUCCAGGCAUCGGAAGGUGUUCCAGUGCAGUACUUCAACAACUUGGAUGAAGUCAUAGAGUUUUACAAGAAAGAGAAUAUGGGACUAGUCCGGAGCCUUAAAUACCCAGUUCCACGGGAAGAGGAAGAGGCAACAGAUGAGCUUGAAGAUGAUAAGGAUUCUAUGUCUACGCCACCUGUGUUACCCCCUCGUAUUUCAGUCCCAUCUCUGAUAAAUGAGGCAGUAGAAGAUCACGUCUUGGAUGACUAUGUCCAGAUGACACAAGUGAGCAAACUAUCUCUUUCUGAGACUCUGCUCCAGCGAUUGCAGCAACAGGAUACCAGCAGUAUUCCAGAAGAGCACCUCAAACUCAUUCAGGAUUAUCUAAGGGUGCAUAUGAUCAGUGAUCUCGAAACAGCUCAGCAAGGAUCCUGGAAUCUACCUCAGUUGAAGAAAUUGCUUUCAGGACUGUGCAAAGGCCUUUUCAGUGAGGUUUCCCGGAUUCUUCCUUCUAUGGAGUCCAUGCAAACAGUGUUUGACCAGCAACUGUCCUAUGGCAUGCACCGACAAUCUCAACCAUCUUAUGAAGCCAACCGUACAAAACUUACUCAGUUGACAAGUGUACUUGCUUCCAUUGAAGACAAGGUGAAAAAAAUGUUGGUCGAAGGACCUGACUCAACACAUCGGCGUUCACUUAUCCCUCCUGUGACCUUUGAGGUAAAAGCAGACUCCCUUGGGAUUUCUCCCAAAAUACAUCUUAAAGUGGAUGUUGAGAUGGGAAAACUCAUUAUCAAGAAAGCUAAGGAUGGGCCUGAAGACAAGUUUUUUACUCACAAAAGAAUCCUACAGCUCAUCAAGUCUCAGAAGUUCCCGAACAAGUUGGUGAUCGUACUGGAGACAGAAAAAGAGAAAACGCAGAGGAAAGAAUAUGUGUUUGCUGACUCUAAGAAGAGAGAAGGAUUUUGCCAACUUCUUCAGCAAAUGAAGAAUAAACAUUCCGAACAACCAGAGCCUGACAUGAUCACUAUCUUCAUUGGCACCUGGAACAUGGGUGAUGCUCCUCCGCCAAAGACAAUCAGCUCCUGGUUUCUUUCCAAGGGUCAAGGGAAGACCCGGGAUGACACUGCAGAUUACAUUCCCCAUGACAUCUAUGUGAUUGGUACACAGGAAGACUCCCUGGGGGAGAGAGAAUGGCAAGAGAUACUAAGACAUUCCUUACAAACCAUUACCAGUAUCAGCUUCAAGGUGAUAGCAAUUCACACACUGUGGAACAUCAGGAUUGUUGUCUUGGCCAAACCAGAGCAUGAGAAUCGUAUAAGCCACCUCUGUAUUGACAAUGUGAGGACUGGAAUUGCAAACAGAUUGGGUAACAAAGGUGCUGUUGGGGUGUCCUUCAUGUUUAAUGGAACCUCCUUUGGCUUUGUGAACAGCCAUUUAACUUCAGGAAGUGAAAAGAAACAGAGGCGAAACCAGAACUUCACCAGUAUUCUGCGCUUUCUGUCACUCGGAGACAAGAAGUUGAAUCCAUUUAACAUCACUCACCGCUUUACUCAUCUCUUCUGGCUGGGAGACCUGAAUUACCGCUUGGAGUUACCCCCAACGGAAGCAGAGAAUAUCAUUCAGAAGAUCAAACAGCAACAGUAUAUGGAGCUGUUGAAUUUUGACCAACUCCUCAUAGAAAAGAAAGAUCGAAAGGUGUUUCUGCAGUUUGAGGAGGAAGAAAUAACAUUUGCCCCAACCUAUCGCUUUGAAAGGAACACCCGGGAGAACUAUGUCUACACCAAGCAGAAAGCAACAGGGAUGAAAUACAACUUGCCAUCCUGGUGCGAUCGAGUGCUCUGGAAAUCAUAUCCCCUCGUACAUGUGGUGUGUCAGUCUUAUGGAUGUGCCACUGAUAUCAUGACAAGUGACCACAGUCCUGUCUUUGCCACGUUUGAGGUUGCUGUUACCUCACAGUUUGUUUCAAAGAAUGAUAAUAAAUGCACAGACUCUUCAGGACAGAUUGAAUUCCUACACUGCAGUGCCACUCUCAAGACAAAAUCACAGACAAAAUUCUACAUUGAAUUCCACUCCAGCUGCUUAGAAAGCUUUGUAAAGAGCAAAGAGGGAGAAAAUGAGGAAGGAAAUGAGGGAGAACUGGUGGUAAAGUUUGUCGAAGCCCUUCCUAAGCUUACACCAAUUAUUUCAGAUCCGGAGUAUUUACUGGACCAACAUAUUCUGAUCAGCAUUAAGUCAUCAGAUAGUGAUGAAUCUUAUGGUGAAGGCUGCAUUGCCCUUCGAAGUGGAGCUACUGAAUCCCAAGUGCCUAUCCAAACUAUAUUAACACACCAUGGUGAAAUUACUGGCAUCUUCCAAGGGGAAUUUAAACUGCAAACAUCCCAAGGGAAACAGAGAGAAAAACUAUAUGAUUUUGUAAAGAUUGAACGGGAUGAGACUUCUGGACAAAAAAUAGCGAAGGGCUGUGUAGACUGUAUCACAGAGUGGGAACAGACGAAUAGGGCUGCUUUGUCCAACAGAAAAUCUACUCACUUAGUGGCCAAAGAAGCAGCAGCUAUUGCUCGUUUUCGAGGAACUCCAGCAGUGUCUUUAGAUGAGCCAUGCAAAGAAGAACUCUUACGCAGUACAGUGGUCACAGAUAUCAACAAUCCCAGCUAUAUACGGGUUCCCUCUGCCUCUCAAUCAUUCUCUGCAACAGGUCAGCUUAAACAGAUUCCUUCACCAGACCAAGUACCUGCCUUCUGGAGUUAUGAUCCACAAUCAAAAGACAGCUCUUCGCUGACAACUCUAGAGUCUCCCACCACACCGUCCAAUCUGUCACCAGGGUCUCCAAAAGUACCCACUCAACCUACAACCAAACGAAAAGAUCAGCUAUAUGCUGAGGUGAGAAAAAGCAUGACAGAACCCUUGCUACUCGAGGAAGCAUUCCCAAAGCCAGGAAUGAUUGACAACCCACUUUAUGACUUUGGAAAAUCCAAGGAUAAGCUACAGUCUAAGAAGGAACAGGAAAUCUUCAAGGCGAUACGAAAAGAACUCCCAAUUCUUUCUGAACAGAGCUUUCCUUUCACCAACUUACAGGAGGGUGAUGCCAUCAAAUCUUCUGUCAAGCAACAAUCUUCUCUGCCUUUCCCAGCCCCUGCACCCAGAUUUCGGUCAUAUACAUGUUCCAACCAAUUUGAAGAAAAGACUGCAAUUAUUCAAAAGACUCAGAACAGGCAGGGACCCUGUGCCAGUUCAGAAUCUGCGGUAACAACAUUCAAGAAACCUGUCAAAUUUUCAAGAUCUGAAAUGGGGCAAAGUAAGCCUCCUCUUCCAUCAAAAAGCCAGUUAGUACUUGACAUGCAGAACAUCAAAGGGCGUGAUUAUCGAGAGAGUUCAGAACUUCCACACAAUAGAAAGCACCAAAGUGAAGAUGGGGCUAUCAGCAGGACAAUGGUGCCGUGAAUAGGAACAUCACAGAUGAUGAUAUCCUUGGAAGAGUCCUGGAGGGAAUCAGCAUAGACAUUUCCCAGAGUUUAUGUUAAUACCAUCUGGUUUGCUGCGCAAAAUCAUGAAUGCUACCGUGUUUAUCAAUAUAUGUAUUUCCUGAAAUUAACACAAAACUAAUAUAGACUGAAAUCAACUAAACAUCAGAAACCAAAUUCUUACCCUGCAAUUUUAGUAGGGUUUUAUUUUAUUUUUUUAAAGGAGGUUGAAAAUAUUUUUGGUACAAAUGGUGGGAAUUCCAGAAAAUGAUCCAACUUCAUAGUAUCCAUUUACUCAGCAGAGAAGUAAGAAGGGAAAAUAAAGAAUGUACAACUCAUAUUUCAACAACAACAACAACAAUAAUGCACUUUAUUUAAUGUAUUGUCGAAGGCUUCCAUGGCUGGAAUCACUGUGUAGGUUUUUCGGGCUAUAUGGCCAUGUUCUAGAAUUCUCUCCUAACAUUUUGCCUG